UAUAUCGUGUCACGUGUGAUUUUUGUGAUUUCAUUUGACAUUUCUGUGUUAAAACGUUUUUUUUUCUUUAUCCCUGUAGUAAAUGUCGUGGUGAAAGGAGUGGCCACCCAGUCAUCACUGUAUGGGGAUGGCCAGGCUAACAAUGCUAUUGAUGGCAACAGAGAAUCAAACUAUCACAAAAUAUCCUGCACACACACUGAACAGGAGACCAACCCCUGGCGGAGAGUGGACCUGCUGGAUGUGUACAGAGUGACAGCUGUCACCAUCACCAACAGAGGAGACUGCUGUCCUGAGAGACUUGAUGGUGCUGAGAUCUGCAUCGGUAACUCACUGGAGAACAACGGCAUCAACAACCCCAGUUCCUUCAGAUGUGUUGUCAUCUCCAACAUCCCAGCAGGAGAGACGAACAGGUUCCAGUGUAAUGAGAUGGAGGGUCGCUAUGUUGUUGUGGUGAUCCCUGGACAGAACAAGAUUCUCACUCUGUGUGAGGUGGAGGUUUACAGCAUUCUUACAUGUAAUUAUCUGCAACUAUCUUCACUUUUCACAUGAAGCGUUAGCUUUAUGUAGUUCAUACUAGAUCAGAACAUUCAGUGCCUUCAAUCCUAUAGGAAAUUUGUGGUCAGAACUGAAAAAGUAUGUGCAAGCAAGGAGGCCGACAAACCUGACUCAGUUACACCAGCUCUGUCUGGAGG